AUGUUUCUCCCACUCCCCUUACGACCGAUUCUGCAACCGACUUCUCUUCUCUGCCUCUCCGCUCUCCUCUUCCUCGCUACCCCCGUCUCAGCUCAUGGCGGCCACACGGACAAGAUUCCCGAGGGAGAAGCCGUCUCCCCGGAUCCCCUGGACAGUCGACUAUGGGUUCACAUACUGCUCAUGAUCGUCUCCUUCGGCAUGAUUUUCCCCUAUGGCAUGGUUUUGGGUAUCAUCAAGAGUCGUUGGCACGUUCCUUUGCAAGUCGUGGGCACCAUUAUCGCAACCGUUGCGUAUUUCUUGGGACAUAUGCACAAAGGACGGCAGUUUCGCCACCCGAACAUCCACGCGAGUUUCGCCAAUAGUUUGGUGUUGAUGCUCCUCGUUCAGGUCGGGCUGGGUGUCGGGUUGAAGCUACAUCUCGAGGAGAAAAAGGGAUGGAUUGGUCGGGUGUUUGGGGGCAAAGUUGGCAGGGGCGGAAGGAGAGGUGUGGUCAUGGUUCACGGCUGGUUGGGGAAACUUAUGCCCAUUGUCUCAUGGGCGCAAUUCCUCUUUGGGGGCAUCGUCGCCAUGGGGUACUGUCGUGGUGACCAUCUGGGACAGUGUCUGGCGCAUUUCAUCAUGGGGUCGGCCUUCAUCGCGUACGGAGUCAUUAUGACUCUACUCCUACUUGUGGGCCAGGCGUGGUUGCGAAGGACGGGACGCAGCCAGGAGUUCUUCGACAGCUGCGUGAUCGCGGCGUGGGGCUGCGUCAACACCUUUACCGAACACCGCUGGGGCCAUCCCUGGGUCAAGAACGAUCUGCAGCACACCAGCAUGGGCAUUGUGUGGUGGUGCGCGGGUUUACUCGGUGUGUGGUUGUCGAGAUCGAGGAAUGGUCGGCCCAAAAGAAAUAUACUCCCUGGUCUGGUCAUCCUCCUGACCGGUUGGGCCAUGAGUGCCCAUCCCCAAGAUCUGCCUCUGAGCACCAUGGUGCACACGGUGUUUGGCUACACCCUGAUGGCCGCCGGUGCGGCGCGGAUCGUCGAGAUUUCCUUCUUGCUCAAGGACAGCCGCGGCACGGGCGAGGUCAACAGCUGGCAGCAUUUGCCUCCAUUCCUCCUCUACGCUUCAGGCUUCCUCUUCAUGGGCGCGACCGAGGAACAAAUGCGCCUCUUGUCCGACGCCGACGUCACCCACGUCUCCUACAUCCUGAUCCUUUACAGCGUCGCCUUCUUGCUCUACCUGUUUGUCAAUAUCCUGCUGUACGUCUACGCGAGCCACGCGUGGCCCGACGACGAGAGCAACGGCGUUCGCUCACCCCCGGGCAGUUCUUCGGGUUCGGGCCGGAGUCUGAGUGUUGCUGCGGGACCAAGUGGUGGGCACGGGCACCAUGCGAGGAAAGUUUCCACCAUCGGUAUGAAUGGAGACCUCCAGACGAACGGCCCUGUGAACGGGAGCGCGAGGCUGCCGGGGGCCCGCCACCAGAGGAGCUCGGCGAGCCAGCAGGUCCGGGACGCCGAGGAGUUUGAGCUCGAGGGACUGAUCAGCGAGGACGGUGAGGAUGAUGUGGAGAGUCCCCACGACGCGGGAAAGAAGGAAGGCGCUGUCGCAUUGGCUUGA